UCGUUGGGGGUGUGGCAGGAACAUCCUGUUAGCCUCGUUUCGAAAUCUAGUAGCGUCGUGGCAAGCUGUACAUAGUGCAUCUGUUACGAGAAGGAAUAACUUGGCAACAUGAAGGCUCUGAUCCUGGUCGGUGGGUAUGGCACACGGUUACGUCCGUUAACACUCAGUAAAGCCAAGCCCUUGGUUGAAUUUGGGAACAAGCCCAUGCUGCUACACCAGGUGGAGGCACUAGUUGAGGCAGGUGUUAAGCACAUCAUCUUGGCAGUCAGUUACCGGGCCGAGCAGAUGGAGAAGGAACUCAAGUGUUUAGAAGAACAGCUUGGAAUUAAGAUCACAAUAUCACUAGAAUCAGAACCUCUUGGCACAGCUGGUCCUCUUGCCCUAGCUCGAGAGCUGCUCACACAGGACGAUGACCCCUUCUUUGUGCUCAACAGUGACAUCAUCUGUGAUUUCCCCUUUAAAGACAUGUUGCUGUUUCACAGGAACCACGGCAAAGAGGGAACCAUUGUGGUGACAAAAGUCGAGGAGCCCUCCAAGUAUGGAGUCGUGGUGUAUGAUGCAGAGAACGGGAGGAUCAAUCGCUUCGUGGAGAAACCCCAAGAAUAUGUGUCCAACAAGAUCAACGCUGGAAUGUACAUCCUCAGUCCGUCCAUGCUCAAACGUAUCAAGCUGCAACCCACAUCUAUAGAGAAAGAAGUUUUUCCAUUUAUGGCCCAAGAUGGUGAACUCUAUGCAAUGGAAUUACAAGGUUUCUGGAUGGACGUUGGUCAGCCCAAGGACUUCCUGACAGGAAUGUGCUUAUAUCUGAACUCCCUCAAACACAAUCACCCAGAAAAGCUACACCAGGGGCCUUCCAUUGUUGGCAAUGUGCUGAUCGAUCCCAGUGUCAAGCUUGGAAACAACUGUCGAAUAGGCCCCAAUGUUACAUUAGGGCCAGAUGUUGUAAUAGAGGAUGGUGUUUGUAUAAAGAGGUGUACAGUGCUCAAAGGUGCUACCAUCAAGUCUCACUCCUGGCUGGAGUCGUGUAUCAUUGGCUGGAACUGUACAGUUGGGAACUGGGUGCGGAUGGAGAAUGUGUCAGUACUUGGAGAGGAUGUGAUAGUAAAAGAUGAACUGUACAUCAACGGGGGCCGCAUCCUGCCACACAAGUCCAUCUCGGAGUCCGUACCCGAUCCAAGGAUCAUCAUGUGAGACAGUUGUGUGGGAGAUCACUGGAGCAGUUCCUGGCAGCCGCUGGUUCAAGAGUGCUGCUUGUGACAUGCAAGAGAAAUUGUGGUUGUUGCAGCGAAAUCAUAAUGAAAAGCUAUGAAAUGAUGACUUUUAAAAGAUUGAAUUAAAAACUACUUCAAUGACAUUCAUUUGCUCCCUCUAUUAGUUCAAAAGGUUUGACAUGUCAGGAUUUAAUAAGAUGUGAUCUGAUUAACUAAUAUAUUCCUUCAAAUGUUGGAAGAGAUGGAUGGUUGAACUGCCUAGACCACUGGAUAUAUCGUUGUGUCAUGUUUGACUGUUGUGCUUGAGGUCACCUUUUACCUUAUCUUAAACCAUCUAGAAAUGGUAGUUCCUUUUGGGCCAAAAAUCAAUAUAAUUUGUUCACAACAAGACCUUGUUUAAACUGGGAUGGCAGAUAGGAAUAAUUAGCUUGAAAAAGAACUGUACCUGAUUGUCACAUUUUAAGAAAGGUGUUUCUCUAAAGUGGAAACGAAUGGUUGCUUGGUGAUGCCUGUAGGAACAUUUCAUUCACUCUCCUGCCAUAUCAAAAUUUUAUUUUCAUUGGACAUUCACUGUCUUCAAAAGAGAGAUACCUGAUAUUAUGUAAUUAUCAAUGCUCUACUUGUCAUGAUAGUGUCAUUCAACCCCUGGUUGAAGGUACUUAAGGGUCCUACUGCUGAUUGUGUUCAAUUACAAUGUGUAUAACACCAUAUGAGUUGAAGUAUUGACUAGUUAUUGCCAAAUCACUGUCCUUAGUUGGGAGUGUAUGUUGCUGGGAUUAACUGUGCACCAUUUUAUGAAUGUGAUUCAUGUAACAAUUCUUACAAAUGUCCACUUCGCCAAUUUGACAACUUAUCAUAAGAUUAUGUAUAUAUUCUCCUAUUUUUGUUGUCAUUAGGAAAUGGUAAUUCUGCCUAUGAAUUGUUAAUGCUUGUGAGAAAUUGUGUUUCAUAUUUUUAUGUCAUAAAUUCUUAACUGCCACAAAGAGGAAGAUGAUGUAUCAUGAUGGUGUGUGACUGUAGGAACAGGUCAAAUGGCAGUAUUGUGUGUGCGUAGGCUGAUAGUCAAAGUACAGUAUUUGCUACUUGUACUCCAUUGAUUCACAUUGCUGUGACAUGCAUUCUUAUGAUUUUUUAACAUUUCAUAUUCAUGGCUUGAAAUAGUCUCACCACUGUGUUCAUUCUGUGCUAGACAUUCUAGGAAUACAUGCGAGACAUUGUACUCGCACAUGCUAGGAAUUCUGUGAGUACAUGUACAGACAUGAAAAGACACAUUUGUUAAAGUUUGAAUGUAGAUGCAACCAAACUUGUGAUUUACCUAUAGUUAUGAUACUUAAUUUUUUUUAUGUUGUCACAAGUCAAAACUGGCAGGCUUUAUUUCCAGCACUGAUGUGUCUAUACAUCAGAUACACACGCAAUGUUUGUUGUGUGGAUAAUGUACCUGGGAAUGGCUCUUUCCUUGUUGGUAUGUUCUAUAGUGCGGACAUAUUUAACAUUGCAGGUUGAGAUAACAUGAGUCGCACAUCAAACAUCAAUAUUCCCGGUUUUGAUAUAGAAACAUUCUCAAAAACUAUGUCCCUGAGUAUAAUUUUACAUUUAUAAAUGUGUAGAAAAUCUUGAAGACAUCUUGACCACGAUGUUUGUUGGUAUGAUUUACACAUGUGCUGACAGUUGUUAUUGUUCUUGAUUGAUAUUAUGUUACAAGUUUUCAUUCUGACGCAUAAUGGAUGCAUUGAUAGAAUUCCAGCUUUACACCAUCCCGUACAUGGCUUUAUAAUUUUGGUUUGUCCUAUGUUGAACAUUAAUAUGCUCCAUCACUGUAGAUAAACACCCUGAACCUGCUUGCAUGCUUACAUUUUAUAAACAGCUGUGGAUGCACUUCAAGUAGAUGGUAGAUCUGACUGUAUAGUGACAUUGAGGGAGUCUAAUUGGCUUAUUUAUUUGGGGGCUAUAUUUGGUACCCAGGGUGUGUUGAUAUGAAGAUAUUGACCUGGUUGUGGUUUUACACACCGGACCAGUUUAUAUUAUUUAUUUUGUUGGUACCUGAAUACUUCAGCUGGGUUUUUAGGAUGAUAUUUAGGCUAUUGUAGCACAAGCACUUGCAGAUGGCUUCAAAGGAAUAAGUUGUUGAGAAAGUAUUAAUGGGGAGUUUGGAUUUAGAUAACGAACAUGUAUUGUCUGUUAUUGAAAUUUGAUCUCAAAUAUACGGGAAAGAAUCUUCGUGAUGAUAGUGCCACAUUGCAGUUUGUGUAUGUGAUGACCUCUACAGCAUGCGGUGUGGAGAAGUGACACACACAUGCAAUCGUACGUUUUGCUCACGACAGACAGAAUGUGGGAAUGACAGCUGUUGGUUGUGUAUAUGUUGAGAGAUGUACAUAAGCUGUAUCAUGACCAUUAAAACAUUUUCUACAUU